AACGGGGACUCAGGGCGGCUUACAUGGGGCCAUGCCCAGAACAAUCUAUAUAUAUAAAUGAGUGAUGGCAUCACGGCGACCCACAAAACAACAAAACUACAGGCCACGCAACCUCGAAAUUUGACAACACAACCCAUCAUCCACACCUCUAGGUUGAUACAACAAAAAGAAAAGAACAAUGAAGUCCUAAUUAGAGGGAGAGGAAUAAUUGUUUUUAUCCAAUUGCUGCCAGUUAGAGGACUAAUCUCUGCCUACUUGGGUCUCCUAGCAACCAACUCAGCCCAGGGGACAGGCACAGAUAGGCCUCUUCCACAGGUUAUCCGAUUUUAACUGGAUUAUAUGGCAGGGUAGACUUAAGGCCCUUCCACACAGCUAUUUAACCCAUUUAUAAUCUUAUAUUAUCUGCUUUGCACUGGAUUAUCUUGACUCCACACUACCAUAUAAUCCACUUCAGUGAGCAUUUCUUACAGCUGUGAAGAAGGGCCUCAUAUAAUCCAGUUCUAAGCAGAUAAUAUAAGAUUAUCAAUAUACAAUAUACAAUUCCUCAAUACUUUAUUUCCCAUACCACCAUACUUUGCCACAGCAACGCAUGUAUAAAAUAAAAUCAUUAGAUUAAAAUACCCCGAUGAAAGGAACCUAAAAACAUUCAGAAUAGAAUUAUAAUGAGGCUGGCCAUCCAAUAGCUGUCUCUUUAAUCCCUUCUGGCCUUAGAGAAUUGUCCGCCUGCAGGGACGUUGCCCAGGGGGCUUUUUCCCAUCCUGUGCAAAUUUGCAUGUUUUCUCAUGUCCCCGGAUGGGAAGCUGGAGCUGACAGACGGGAGCUCGUCCCACUCUCCCCGGAUUCGAACUGCCAACCUGUCAGUCAGAAGUCAGUAGAGUCUCACUUAUCCAACACUCGCUUAUUCAACGUUCUGGAUUAUCCAACGCAUUUUUGUAGCCAAUGUUUUCAAUAUAUCAUGAUAUUUUGGUGUGAAAUUCGUAAAUACAGUAAUUAUUACGUAGCAUUACUGCCUAUUGAACUACUUUUUCUGUCAAAUUUGUUGUAUAACAUGAUGUUUUGGUGUUUAAUUUGUAAAAUCAUAACCUAAUUGAUGUUUAAUAGGCUUCUCCUUAAUCUCUCCUUAUUAUCCAACAUAUUCGCUUAUCCAACGUUCUGCUGGCCCGUUUAUGUUGGAUAAGUGAGACUCUACUGUAACGUCAAAUAAAAAUUCUACAACCACUUUUAACCAAUACCACCACCACUUUGCCACAGCAACGCGUGGCCGGGCACAGCUAGUAAUAAUAAUAAUAAUAAUAAUAAUAAUAAUAGUAAUAAUAAUAACUUUAUUUUUAUACCCCACCCCAUCUCCCCGAAGGGACUCGGGGCGGCUUACAUGGGGCCUUGCCCGAUAAAACAAUCAAAUAUCAAAACACAGCAAUAAAACCGUUAUACAAUAAAAACAUCAAUUACAGUAAAAAAAAAUCGUUAAAAUCAACAUAAAACAUACAAUAUUAACACUGGAGACUAAUUCAUAGAACCCAGGCAAAGUGCAACAUGUGCCGAAAUUUAAGAGGGGAGGCACAAUUAUCAUUACCGUAUAUACUCGAGUAUAAGCCGACCUGAAUAUAAGCCGAGGCACCUAAUUUGACCACAAAAAUCUGGGAAAACAUUGAUUCAAAUAUAUGCAGAGAGCAGUAAAUUUCAAAUAUAAAAAUACAGUAGAUGCCAAUAAAAUUACAUUAAUUGUGGCAUCACUAGGUCAAAUGUUUUUGAAUAUUUACAUAAAACUAAUUUUAAGGUAAGAUUGUCCAACUCUGAUUAAAUCAUUUUUCUCAUCUUGUUCCAUGUAAAUGUGCCCCUGGUGGCACAGUGUGUUAAAACGCUGAGCUGCUGAACUUGCAGACCGAAAGGUCCCAGGUUCAAAUCCUAGGAGUAGAAUGAGCGCCCGCUGUUAGCUCCAGCUCCUGCCAACCUAGCAGUUCGAAAACAUGCCAAUGUGAGUAGAUCAAUAGGUACCGCUCCGGUUUCUCUCAUGUCCCCGCAUACAUUGGGAACUGGAGCUGACAGAGGGACCUCACCCGCGCUCUCCCUCCCCGGGUUGGAUUCGAACCGGCGGCAUCCUUCAGAUCAGCACUCCUACCGGCACAAGGGUUUAACCCAUGGAGCCAUCGGCGGCAAACUCCGUUUUACCCCAUUGCCAGGCAUCCUGGGAGAUGAAGUCCAAAAGAAUGCGUUCAAAAUGGCGGAGCCACCUCGUCCACCGGAAAGCGCUCCGCUCCUUUUUCCUAGGUUGGAAACUCCAACUCCCAGAAGCCUCGGCUGCUUUACCCAAUUGCCAGGCAUCCUGGGAGAUGAAGUCCGAAGGGAUGCGUCCAAAAUGGCCGCCUGCCCACCCCGACCGGAAGUGGCUUCUCUCCUUUUCCCAGGUUGGAAACUCCAACUCCCAGAAGGCUUGGCUGUGGAAGCGGACGAGUAGGCAUCCUGGGAGAUGAAGUCCUAAACGAUGCGUUCAAAAUGGCCGCCACCCCUGGACCGAUAGUGGCUCCGUUCCUUUUUUUCCCCCAGGUUGGAAACUCCGACUCCCAAAAGCCUCGGCCGGUUUGCCCAAUUUUCAGGCAUCCUGGGAGAUGAAGUCCGAAAGGCUGGUGUCCAAAAUGGCGCCCGCCCGCCCGCCCACCCCGACCGGAAGCGGCCCCGCUCUGGCCGAGCGGGGCCUCGCUGGUCCUUCCGGCGCCAUCGCUGCCAGCGGCCAUGGCGCGGCCGGGCCCUGCCUCGUAGGCGCUCCGCGGCCUGCUCCUGCCCUUUUAUGGCGGCCCCGCACCCGGACAAGCUGGAGGCGGGAGUCGGCCCCUCCGCCGCCGCGCCGCCGCCGCCUCCUGCCCCGGGACCCCCGCCGCCGCCGCCCCUUCCGCCGGGAAACCUCGCCUCAGGGCCGGGCCGCAAGCAAGGAAAGGCCGGCUUUCAAAUGAAGAGUCCGGAGAAGAAGCGCCGCAAGUCCAACACGCAGGGCCCGGCCUACUCCCACCUCUCGGAGUUUGCCCCUCCGCCGACCCCGAUGGUGGACCACCUGGUGGCCUCCAACCCCUUCGAGGAUGACUUUGGGGCCCCGAAGGUGGGCUCGGCCGCGGCGCCCUUCCUGGGGGGGGCCGGCCCCUUCGGCAACUUCCGCAUGCAGGGCCCGAUGGGGCCCCAGGUCCCUCCCGGCUACGGAGGGGGCCCCCAGCCCCUGCGCAGGCAGCCCCCGCCCUUCGGCCCCGGGCAGAUGGGCCCCGCUGCUGCCGCCGCCUUCAGCCUCCCGCCGCAGAACCCGGCCUACGUCCAGCCGGGGGGCAUGGGCUUUGGCGGCCCCCAGCCCUUUGGCCAGCCCCUGGGACAGAACUUCAGCCCUCCCGGCGGGCAGCUCAUGCAGGGGCCCAUGGGGGGCUUCGGGCCCAUGAUCUCCCCCACCAUGGGGCAGCCCCCCCGCGGGGGGGACAUGGGGCCCGGCCUCAACGCCCCCGGCGGGCCUCCCCCCAUGCCGCAGCGCUUCGGACAGCCGGGCAACCUGUUUGGGCAGAACCCCAUGCAGCGCCCCAGCCUCCCCAACCUGCCCCCCAACCCGAGCCCUUUCCCCGGCCCGGACCCCGGCUUCCCCCCCGGAGGAGGAGACGACGGCGGGGGCGGGGGCGGAGGGAAGCCCCUCAGCGCUCCCCCCAACGCCUUCCCUCCGGAGCCCCACACGACGGGCUCCCCGGCAGCGGCGGCCAUGAACGGCACCCAGACCCCCUUCGUGACCAACAGCGGGGGCAACGGGGGCACCCCAGAAGGCAACAACGUGCCCCCCGGCGGUGGUGGUGGUGGUGGUGGUGGUGGCGGGGGCGGCGGCUCCUCCUCGGCCUCCUCCUCCGGCAAGGCCCCCGUCGGCCCCUCCGGCCACCAGCCGCCCCCGGGCCUGGUGUACCCCUGCGGGGCCUGCCGCAGCGAGGUCAACGACGACCAGGACGCCAUCCUGUGCGAGGCCUCCUGCCAGAAGUGGUUCCACCGGGAGUGCACCGGCAUGACCGAGAACGCCUACGGGCUGCUGACCACCGAGGCCUCCGCCGUCUGGGCCUGCGACUUCUGCCUCAAGACCAAGGAGAUCCAGUCCGUCUACAUCCGCGAGGGCCUGGGCCAGCUGGUGGCCGCCAACGACGGAUGAGGCCCCGCAGGGCGCCGCCCGGGCCCCCUUUGCAGACCCCUGGACUUCCCUCUUUGCAUACGGCCAUGUGCUGCUUCACGUGGCCCAGACCUUCCUUUUUGCAGCACCAGACCUUCUUUGGCUCAGAUCACGGACCCAGUGGGAUAUUUUGGACCGUCCCAUGUCCACAACACUGCAAGCCACGCAUUUCUUCUUUGCCCUGACACAACACGUGCAGGGACAUUUGGUCUCUGCAGCAGCGUAGGUAGCAAACAGAGAAGAUACACAGGUAAGGUUUUUAUUGUUAUGCUUUAGAGCAAGUUGGGCUGUUUUGGACUCUGACUCCCACCAUUCCUCACAGCCCCGGGCCCCUUCCUUUUCCCCCUCGGACUCAAUACGCCGACGCCAUCCCCUUCCAGUCUCUAGAUGAGAUUUGGGCAAACUUAAGCAGCUGAGCGGGGAAAGGAAAGGGCCUGAGGCUGCGAGGAGUGGUGGAGUUGGAGUCCAAACACUUGGAGGGCUGAAGUUUGCCCAUGCCUGCCGUUGAGAAAAGAGUAGACUGUGAAAUGGAAAAGUUACAUAACUUUGGUAAAGAGUCUCCCGUCUCACUAAAGACUUUCUGGGAAGAGACGGAGCCAAACGCCUUGAGAUCUACAAAGCAGCAGCAGGCCGGCACAAUAGCACGCAUUCUUAGUCCCCGACUGCACGCGAGUGCGGACACUCUCCCACUCCCUUUGCAAACAGACGGCAAUAAGGACACACUCAAGACCUUGUUGUGGGUGAAGAAGGACACGGGGGGAGUGGGAUUUUAAUCAUGUUUCCUGGAUGGGGAGGUCCUUCGGUCUGUGGCCUCGGACCUUGCAUUUCCUAAUUUUUCCAGUGUCUCCUCCCCUUUUAUUUGGCCUGGGUCGGAUGCCGAAGCGGGACCUUUUGGGGGGAGGAAACAGCACCAGACAAAAUACCUCUUUGGGAACGCUUUUCUGUUUCCAGACGUCCUCCGAGAGCCACGAAGGACGAAAACAAAACUCUUGGGACACGGAUCGUCGUUAUUAUUAUUAUUAUUUUUUAAUAAUGUUUUUUAAACAAAUACUUUUUUUGCGACUUCCCUUUGUUUUGCGCAUGUGUUCGGGGCUUUGUGGUUUUUUGGGUCCUCGGGAGGGAGGGAGGGGAUUUGGGGAGGGGGCACCACUGUUGGGUUUGUAAUCAUCCCUUUUUUCCCUUGUUUUUAUGUGAGAACAUUAAAAAAUGAUGUUUUGUAAAGUAA